UUCAACUAUAGUAUAUCUGUGAAAACAUAAUACUUGUAUAGCGCGUUACAGCGUGAGGUCAGCGUAACGGUAGCCAUGACAACAGCAACAAACUCUACUGGCGUCGGGGUACACACAACAUGAAUGAUAUCGGUCUGAGAAGACUCUUUAGAUCGCCUACGGAGCAUCUUUCCGUUGAGGAGCAGCUUCGUCUUUGUCCUACACGAGAUUUGAGAAAGACGAAAGUAUUUCGGACUGCGGCCAAAAUAUGGGGGGAACCGCGUCGAAAACGGGUUAUAAUUGCUCCACCAAUGCUCUUCUGUAAAGACAAAGAACCAAAAGGAAAGAAAAGUCUGUUUUCUGGAGAGGAAGCAAAUGACUCCGAUGACCCGGAUGUUCGUGAUUACAGGGAAUGGAUGGAGAAGAGGAAGGAGCUGCGAAACGGCUUGGAUGGUUUUCUUUUGAAUGAGAAUUCGUUAAGGAUGAAAUCAAGAAAGACUGAAUUAGAGAAAAGAGUGUUGAAGAAGAUGAUAGAACAAAAAGAAAAAGUGAGAGACAAAAUCAAAUCUGAGGACAACACGGAUCCAUCAGAAGUUGUAACAGAAAUCAAGGAAAGUCCUAAACAUAAGAAACGUUCUCACCUGCAGCGUCCUCAAUUGGAUCUUCCUGUGCCCGAGGCUAUGAUAACUAUCAACGAAUUUGUCGAACAAAAUCGUCUGCGGCUUAUCGAUUUCUUUACUCAAUUUGAUAAAGACAAGGACUGGUACAUCUCAGAGACCGAAUUUAGAAAAGCCCUUUGCUUGGCCAAUAUUCGAGUUCCAGACCAGCAAUUGGAUAACUUCAUAUCUGCGCUAGACAGAGAUGACAAUGGAUUGUUGGAUUACAGAGAAUUAGUGAGAGGCAGGAAGUUAUUGCAACUACUAAGCAGGGCACAGAAGAAAGAAAUGCAACAGAAAGGCGACAAGAGCUCCGUUGAUGAGACAAACAGUAGAUCUUCUACUACUGGCACUUCACCUGCCAGCUGGACUGAGAGAAUUUCACCGUUUGACAAUGGCCGACUCUCUCGUCAGUCUCCGAUGUCUUUCCUGGAAGUCCCGCGUGUGUCACUGACAGAAAGUGUGAUGGACGAUCAAAGCAGUGACUUGAAAGCGAAAGUAAAGGCACAAAAGCAGAAACAGCAACGAGCAAAGCAGAUGAAAUUACGUCAAGGUAAAGCAGACGAUGCUCGUCGUUCUGUUGUUGUUCCACUAAGAGUGGAGAGACACUUGGCACCUUCAACUCUUUCUGGGUCUUCCGGACACUUGAUUGAUGAGACAAGGAAGCAGAUAAAGAGAGAAUAUGACAAGGCGGUUAACUUGUGUCGGAUGCAUGGAGUGAAACUGACGAGAGAACUUCUAGAGAAAGCUCUACUCUAUCCCGGUGACCGAUCUGUAAAAGCAUGCAAAUCCGGUCUUCAGAACAUCAAAAGCAACUGUCUCUCAUGCAACUUUGCUGCCAUGGCUGAAGGCGAUAGUUCUGUGGACAGACGUCGUUUAGAGUUUAAUUUAUCGAAUUCGAGUGACACGUGUUUGUCCACUACCCCGACUCCUGUCAAGUUGGUUACGGGAUGGGCGAUUGUUGAACCGAAAACCGAUUGUUGGUUGACUGAAUUGGAAUUUGAAAGAUUGAUGAGGAAUCUGAAACGAAAAUCUUUCAGUCGACUGCAUCCUGACAGAAAUGCUUUCUGGCCUGGUUCAAUGUUGGAUCGACUUUACCUUUGCAUGCCUCACCCUCUAGAUGCAGCACCAAAGAAGACCGUCUCAGUUGACAAUGUGUUUCACCCAAUCGUGCGGCCGCUCACAAACCGGGACUCAUUGCGUUUGCAUUAUCUUAAAUCAGAAUUGUGGCCAGUGAACGAUGGAGGAUACAUUCAACAUGGCAGUAGACCACACAGAAAACAGUAUCAACUUUGAAUCGGAUUGUGGUAGGGAGGAUGCGUUGAUUGGGUGUUUCUCGUUGAGAGAAUGUGCAGCCGAAUGUUUGGAUUGAGAGCAAGCGUUUGUGUUGUUUCAUUAGGAAUGUGUAAUUAGUUAAUUUAGAUUUGUUUAUAUCAACUACAAUCAACGUAGUGUGAAGGAAAGACA